AUUGGAGAUUGUGAACCACUGAACCCUAUAAUCCUAAUACUUCACCAAAAACAUACCUUCCUCAUUCCUCAGUUUUCCCCCGAUCUCCACUUACGCCAUUAUCGAUAGGACUUUGCUCUACGUGAUCCGCCCCCAAAUGAUCUACGUGAACUAUAUAAAUUCGAUGUAGCUCCUCUCACAACUCUUGUUUGCUAUGUCGUUUGUCGCCUUCUCUUCAAUCGGUAGGUUGUAGGAGCAUAAAGAACGACUGAUUCUCGGUGAAGAUAGAUCAACGGCGAACGACUCAGCUGCUAUCUUCAUUUCUCUACGACUGCGAAGAUCAUUGAACAUCUGAUUCCCGGUGAAGAUCGACCAAUGGAAAAUGAAAAAUGCUCUCUUCAUCUCUCUGCGACUGCACGAAGAUAACCGACUAUCUCGAUCUCUAUGCUACCUUGUAGCUUAUAGGUUCUGCUCUACUCUUAAAAUGAAAAACGAUCCACCAAAUGACACGUCAGCAUUACCACUAAAGAUUGUAUCUUUUCUUGUUGAAAGUGUAGCUCAAAAUACAACUAGCAGUGUAUUUUUACCUGAUGCAGGCCAAGAAAUUGAGGUUUCUGGAUCACCAACAGAAAAUGGCAUACUUCAAUGGGGGGUUAAUAUUGGGAUGAAUUUUGUAGCAGUUAGAUCAGAAUCUUCGAUUAUUCAUGCAUUCCCAUUUAACUCGAAGAAAAAACGAGGCGAUGUUGCUGUAAAACGGCCUGAUUCUGAAGUUCAUGUACACUGGAAAAGGGCAGCUGAAAUUGUGUUAGCAGCAUGUACAAGAUACAUGGACAUUGAUGGACAACUUGUCCUCCUCAAUGAAGAAAAUGUGGAAUAUUUUAAAAAAGCGAUUGAAGAUAUGGCUUCUGGAAGUUUGCGUUGUGUUGCUAUUGCAUACAGACCAUGUGAAGCAGAAACUGUUCCAACUGGCGAAGAUGAGCUGGCACAAUGGGAGCUACCUGAAGGCGAUCUUGUCUUGCUGGCAAUUGUUGGUUUAAAGGAUCCAUGUCGGAAAGGUGUCAGAGAGGCUGUUGAACUGUGCGUAAAGGCUGAAUGUGGAAUUUUGGAAUCAAAUGCUGAUGCAGAAGAGCCGAAUCUAAUUGAAGGGAAAUCUUUUCGUGCCAUGUCAGAAGACCAAAGACUAGAAGUUGUUGAGAAGAUUUUUGUGAUGGGGAGGUCUUCACCUAAUGAUAAACUGUUACUUGUCCAAGCGUUGAGGAAGAGAGGACAUGUUGUUGUUACUGGAGAUGGAACAAACGAUGCCCCUGCUCUACAUGAGGCUGAUAUUGGUCUUGCUAUGGGCAUCCAAGGAACUGAAGUUGCAAAAGAAAGUAUUGACAUCAUUAUCUUGGAUGAUGAUUUUGCUUCAGUCGUAAAGAUUUUAUAUUUUUAG